UGACAGCGCAAAGAGCUAGACAAACAGCAGCUGGUAAACAAACCCAUUUCAAGACGGGACUGGAAUGCGAACAAGAAGCGUCUACGUAGAUUUAGAUCUCAUUUUAGUAUCGCACUGAGGAUAUCGAAAAUAGCACAACCCACACAUGCCAUUUUGUCUGGCGUUGGUUGUUAAAUGAGGGCAAAACGCUAAGCUGCGGUAGAUACCCUACGAAACGAUACCUUGGAGAUAGCGGUUCUAUUAUUACAGUAAUUCACACUGUCGGGAAUCGACACUCGAGGUCAGCGAAUGAUGCACUGCAGCACUUUCGAAAAAAUGGACGGUUUUACCCUCAUUCUAUUUGUAGAGUACCUCAUAAGGGAUGUAGGUUGGUGUCUAUAGCUAGAAUAUUUUCCCCUGCGCUGGACUGAAAGCAUCAGCCCUCUGCAAAAUCAACAUCAUGGGACCCAUCAUACAGGAACGCACAACCUCCACGACAUUGAAAAGAGUGACGUCCAAAGAGAAAAUUCGGGUGAAAAAUGCUGAAAAUAACGGGCCGAUUAACCCCAGUUCAAAGAAAGUUAACAAGGUGAAGAAGGCAGGAUCCCAACUGAAAAAUGGGCUCCCAUCUCCGGGUCACAAUAAGGACACACAGCCAACUGCCCAGAAGACCACUCAAUAUAGAGGGAGCAGAGUCAAGUCUGACACUGCCCGAAACACAACCAAACUUUCAAGCCCUCAAGAAGAAGGCGUCUUGAAGCCCAAACCACACAAGCUCUCUUUAGCCCCGAGGAAAGACGAGAGGCGCGAGAUGCAGCGGACGUCCCCAUGUUGCGCGGAGCUAGACCAGAACCGCGGAGCCAUGAGCAGGAGUCGAAGGGCUCUCUCUCUCCCCCUGUCGUCUCCCAUACCUGGGCUACGUCAAGGACCGACGCAGGCUCUGACCCACAUCCACAUCGGAGGCCCCACCCUGGAGUCCCUUAGACACUACGAGUCUAAGGAAGACGAUACCGACAGCGCCAGCGACCUCUCGGACUCCGAGCGGCUGCCCGUCCUCCCCUCCCCCUGCACGCCCUGCACCCCUCCUCACCUCAACCUCCGCGCCGAGGUCAUCAACUCCAACGACUUCCCCCCAGACUUCCCGGGGCCUUGCGGAGCCUCGGCGGAGGACAGCGGCGACGCUCCCAGCUACAGCUACCCCGAGUUCCUGCCUCCGCCCUUCAACACCUGGAGCCUGCGGCAGCUGGCGGUCUUCCUCCACACGGAGGGCCGCGGCGCCCCCAGGCCCAAGCCCGUGGGCCCCCUGGAGAAGUACCUGGAGAGGCUCCUGCAGCUGGAGUGGCUCCAGAUCCAGACGCUGCAGAUGGAGAGUGGCAGCAAACCCUCUGGCCUUCAUCCCCGGCCCUUAGGCUUCCCCGCCGCCACCGCUACCCAGCCCCCUCGGCCCCACACGGCGCCCCCCACCCGCCUCAACUCCCCGAAGGGCCCUCGGCAGUCCCCCCGCACCUUCCCUUUCGCCCCCGUUAUCAACCCCCCAUCUCCGGCCUCCGCCCAGCAGUAUUUCUCCCGUCUGCCGGUCUGCCCUCACUGUAACAUCCGCUACCCGCUCUGCAACGGGAGCUGCUCCGCCUACGCCUACCAGCGCCACUCCCGGCUCAGCCCCCUGCUGGAGCGUAGGGCCCGACCCGGGGCCCCCGCCAAGAGGAGCAGCAGCGAGACUCGGGCUGCGUCCUCCGAGGGCAGGGCCCCAGGAAGCAGCCAAGGAGGCGCAGAAGGAGCAGCAGCAGGAGGGGGAGGAGCACAUACCCCAGGAAGCCCCUCAGCAGGAAGGAGCCACAUGAAACACAUUCAGGCCGCAGGCAAUGCCCGCAAGCCCUCCCAAGAGCCUGGCGCCAACGGCAACGGCAAUGGUAAAGGUCAGGCGGGCACGAGGAAAGGUCGAGUCCGAACCAGCUCGGAAACGGAGCGGAGGAAAGAGCCGAGCGGGGUCAAAGGAGUCGUCGGCGCGGAGAAACGUGUCAACUCCGGGAGUAAACGGGAGGUCAACACCAUCAAGAGAGCUGAGAGAGACUGUCAGAAGAGUGCUGAUGUGGGAGGGGCUCAGGCAGCCAAGGCCAGCGUCAGAAAAACAUCAAAGGAAAUGUCCUCUCUCUCCAGGGCACCCAUAGGAGACAAGCAGAAUGUCAAAGCAAAAAACGUUGCAAAGUAAAAACCACUUAUUUGUGGGUAUAGUGGAGCUAUAAGCUAUGCUUGCUGUAUGUGUAAUUAUCAGUGCUUUAUUAACAUCUGUAGAACUGUUUUACAGCAGUAUAAAUCAGUUGUGUGUAGCCUUAAAAAGGUUAAAAUAAUGACAUCUGCUAUUUUAUUUAUUUCAUUCGUAUUCCUUCAUAAGAGACAGUCAUCAUAGAUCAAUGUAGUUCUCAAGCAAUAUGGUUGUAGAGCUUUUGGUGAACUGUUAGGAAACAAGUUAGAGCUGACCGUGCAAGGCUUAUAGGCACACCAACCCCCUGGGCUCACAACACUUUGCACUGUACAGCCACUUCAGUUUGUACAAGUUUAAAACAUAACUGGUAAGAUUGUAACAGUAUCUAUUCAAGCCUUCUUCAACAAUGGAUUCAUCAUAAAGCACUUCCAUUUAAGAUCACUUGUAAACACGGGUCACUAAUAGUAUAUUAGUGGAGUUGUUGUUUGGUGUUACAACAUGUUACUUAAUAUUCACUCUGUUCCGUAGUUUGGUGUUGCUUGAAAUUUUAAUUGCUUUUGUUUUUUUGUGCCUAAAAGAAGUGCUUGGUAUUUGGUUUAAGGUAUCAGUUGGGAUCAGUUGAAAUGGAACUGAAAACAAUACAUUGUGCUAUUUUAGUAUGUUCAGAUUGGUAGUUUGUUUUGGUGUACUGAAUAUGUGCAGUGGUUUUGAAUUCUAAGGGCUUUUCUCUUGUUUGAAAAUACUUUUCCUGAGUAUGUUCAGAUGUAUUUGCAUAGAGCUAAGCCUUUUGUUUGAAAGAGAUGGUAAUGUUUGCUACGAAUGUAAAUGCAUAUUUUUCCAGAUUUUGUAUGCCAUAGUUCUAUUUAUGAUAUUGUGUUCCACACCGUUAAAUUUGUCAUCAAAGUUGUUUGUUUCACAUUUCUGUGAGUAAGAAGAAAUGUUUAGCUUCAAAGCUCAAUUAACAUUGUACAUGUUUAUCGUGCUGCUCCAUCGAUCGAUUACAAUACGGGGAAAUGAAAAUGGGCCUUAACUGUAGGGCUUGUUUUGGUCUUAUUAUUGCAAAAGGACAAAAUGUACUAACAUAUCUCGCUGUAAUGAUAGUGUGCUUUAAACUGGAACAUUGCACAUAUUAUUCUGUGUUUUGUCUGUGGAAUGUCUUGAAAACAUAAUUUGGUUAAAUGAUGCUUGUUCAUAUUACACAUGUUAUUUCAUAUUUAUUAAAUUUUCAUGUAAUGCAUCGAAGCCAUAGAUCAGGGUCAGGGGCUGUGUAAUAGUGGACAUUGAAACACGCACGCUGGAUGAUUGUAGUACAUAUUUUCUGAAUGUUGAAUGCGGUUAUUUGUAAGGCAUAGAAAUAAAUAUGUUUUGCACUCA